AUGAGCUACUACGGCGGCUACUACGGAGGCCUGGGCUGCGGCUACGGCCUGGGAGGCCUGGGCUACGGCUGGGGCGGCCUGGGCUGUGGCUAUGGCUGUGGCUACGGUGGCUUCGGCGGCUACGGCGGCUUCGGCGGCUACGGCAACUACGGGUACAGCUGCUACCGGCCCUGCUGCUAUGGGAGGUACUGGUCCGGCGGCUACUGA